CGGGAACAGCAAAAUGGCGCCAGAAGUAGUGGCGGGCUGAGUGCACCGGCCCCUCUGGAAGCCGGCGCUCCGGUCCCCGGGCCGAUCCGGCUCCUCCCGAACAUGGAGGACGUGGAGGCGCGCUUCGCCCACCUCCUGCUGCCCAUCCGCGACCUCACCAGGAACUGGGAGGUGGACGUGGCGGCCCAGCUGGGCGAAUAUCUUGAGGAGCUGGACCAGAUCUGCAUUUCUUUUGACAAAGGCAAAACCACAAUGAACUUCAUUGAGGCAGCGCUGUUGAUCCAGGGCUCCGCUUGUGUCUACAGUAAGAAGGUGGAAUACCUGUACUCCCUGGUCUACCAGGCUCUCGACUUCAUCUCUGGCAAGAAGCAGGCCAAGCAGUUGUCCUCCAAGCCGGAAGACGGGACCACUGGGGAUGCCAGCUCCAGGGCCCCCCAGGAGGCAGAGCAGAAGUUCCUGGCGUUGGAUGACCUCUCUGACUCCUGUGCCAAUGUGGAUCUCAGGGGUGACCAGGUCCUCAGUGGGACCCUCAUCCCUCUCCUGCCCAAUGCCCUGGUCGCCCCGGAUGAGAUGGAGAAGAACAGUAACCCCCUGUACAGCUGUCAGGGGGAGGUCCUGGCCAGCCGGAAGGAUUUCAGGGUGAACACGUGCACGCCGCACCCCAGAGGCACGUUCCUGUUGGAGCCAGUGGGUGUGUCCCUCAUGGAGGCCCUGCAACCGCGGAACCCGAAGGAGCCUGGAAGGGCUGAGGAGCAGCCAAUGGAAGUCUCUGUGUGCGGGAGUCCUGGCCCGGCGCUCAGCAUCUCCCGGGAGCCAGGCUCCUCUCCAGAAGGCCUGGCGCCCAGAGGUGGGGGCAUGGGAGAAGACGAAGAGGACGCAGAAGGGGUGGCGGAGCCCCCUGAGGCCUCUGCACCUGAGGUCCCGCUGGAGCCCCCGGAGCCCAGGAGCCCCGAGCAGAGUGCUGCCCAGCCCAGGAGGUGUACACUCCGGGAGCGGAAGGAGGCCCCGGAGCCCGCAUACCGGCUGAAGGACACCCCAGACCCCUGGCAGGGCCUGGACCCCUUUGACUCCCCGGAUUCUAAGCCCUUCAGGAAAGGUAACGCAGAGUAUGGCCCCUGGGCACUGGGGGUGGGGGCUGGGCUCACCUGGCUUGAGUGGAGGUUGGGGUCCAGGGCCUGUGGGCACGGAGACGGCCCUGGGCUGUGGUUGUGCUCCGGGAUGGCCUGUCUGCCCCCAGGUAGGCCCUACUCUGUGCCCCCCCGCGUGGAGGAGGCGCCAGGACAGAAGCGUAAGAGGAAGGGUGCUGUCAAGCUGCAGGACUUCCACCAGUGGUACCUGGCUGCCUAUGCCGACCAUGCUGACAGCAGGAGGUCCCGGCGAAAGGGCCCUUCCUUUGCAGACAUGGAGGUUCUGUACUGGAAGCAUGUGAAGGAGCAGCUGGAGACGCUCCGGAAGAUGCAGAGGAGGGAGGCGGCUGAGCGAUGGCUGCCAGGGGCCGAGCAGGGGCCGUGGCCCGUGGAGGAGGACCGCCUGGAGGACUCGGGGGAAGACCUGGGAGCCGCAGCAGAUGACUUCCUAGAGCCCGAGGAGUACGCAGAACCUGAGGGGGCAGAGCCCGGAGAAGAUGCAGACAUGGAAGCGGAAGCCAUGCCAGCAUCUCUGCGCUAUGAGGAGCUGGUCCAAAAGAAUGUGGAGCUCUUUGUCACCACCUCGAAGCAGGACGUCUUCAUCACCACCUCGAGGCAGGAGCUUGUCCAGGAGACAGAGCUGAAGCAGCACAUCAGGGGCUGGGAGGACGCCAUCCAGACCCUGCUCCAGGAGCAGGAGGAGCAUGUGCCCUUUGACAUCCACACCUACGGGGACCAGGUGGUCUCCCGGUUCAGCCAGCUCAACCAGUGGUGCCCCUUCGCAAAGCUGGUGGCAGGCCAGCCUGCCUUCGAAGUGUGUCGCUCCAUGCUGGCCUCCCUGCAGCUGGCCAACGACUACACAGUGGAGAUCACCCAGCAGCCGGGGCUGGAGGCGGCUGUGGACACCAUGUCCCUGAGGCUGCUCACACACCAGAGGGCCCACAAGCGCUUCCAGACCUAUGCUGCCCCCUCCACAGUGCAGCCCUGAGUGGGGAGCACUGCGGCCAGGGUUGGGCCCUGGAGCCCGUCCCCCACGGAUACCGGGUGUGCGUCCGCUCAGUUUGCUUUCUUUCCUGGCUGGCCCAGCCUAAUAAAGUGUUGCCAUCCCACCAGUCCCUUAAAAAA